AUGACCACGGCAAGCUUCUCCCACAUUGAUACCGACUCUUAUUCUGGGAAACCAUGGGCCAAGGUUGACGGACCCGGCACCAGCUUCUCGCACAAGUGGCACGAACGAUCCGUCCACAACCUUCGCGGCCGCGAACAUGAGUUCAACACCGAUAACUCAGGCUUCGCAGUAUACCAGUACCCCGCAAAGGAAAAGCUAUUCACCGAGGAUGCGGCAGUACGAGAGGGCUAUUACGCUGAAGUCGAAGCUUUACUGCGUGACAAGCUUCCUGGCGUGAAGAAAGUCGUCAUCUUCGACCACACAAUACGAAGACGAGACAAGAAUUCUCCUCGACAGCCUGUCCAACAAGUCCAUGUAGAUCAGACGGAAGCUGCAGCAGAAGCACGUGUUCGUCGUCAUCUUUCUCCAGAAGAAGCCGAGCGAUUAAUCAAGGGCCGCUGGCAAUUGAUCAACGUAUGGAGACCCAUCGAGAACCCUGCUUCAGACCAUCCUCUCGCGGUAAUUGACUGGAGAACAACAUCAUCAUCCGACUUUGUUGCUACAAACCUUCUUUACCCUAAGCGCGCUGACUCCAUGGACGUCGACGACCGGGGUAAAGAGGUUCUUCCAGAUCCCAACAACUACACGUCCACCGACGGCUAUGAGGUCAAGGGUGAGACCAUGUCUGUGGCACCUAACGACAACCACAAGUUCUAUUAUCAAAAGGACAUGACGCCCGAGGAAGUUCUGUUGCUCAAGUGUUACGAUAGCUUUGGAGAAGGUAUGGCCCUAGGCAAGAAGGGCGUGGCUGUAAGAACACCGCACACUGCUUUUGCGGAUCCGAACACGCCCGCGGAUGCACCAGGGCGGCAGAGUAUAGAAGUUAGAUGCUUGGUGUUCUAUGAGUAG